AUGGAUACUGCACCGACUCUGCCGAAGGUUGGCUUGCAUGGGCUCUUGCCCUCCACGCUGUGCCCCCGGCGUGUGAUCCGGCCAGAGGCCUACGGCCGUGGCUGGCGGCAGCUGGCUUGGUGUCGCCCCAUCCAGUGCCAGGACGGUUGCUACCGGCAGCUUGAUGCGACCGAGACCCAGCGAAGCUCUCAACAUCACGCUGAGGACUCCGCCAGCAAAGACGCCAAGGUCUUGAGCACGACCAGGUACAUUCCCUACCUGGCCAGGGCGAAGCAGCUGCUCAUCAGUUCCACGCGAUACAUCGCUUACUCGAGUGACGUCGGGGAGUCCCUCCGACCAGUCCUGAAGCGAUGGCAGGUCAAUCUCAGCUAUGGCAUCGCCGGGGCCUACGUGCUUGGUGAGACAGCUGUGGCAGGAUACCGCAAAAAAGAGCAAGACUGCAACAACAAGGUGGUGGCUGCAGCUUGUGCCCACACCGCCUUGUUCCAAUUCGCCGCAUCACUAGCGUUGCCUGCAGUUAUCAUUCACAGUGUCGUGCACCAGGUGCAGCAUGUCCUUGACAAGCCUCGCUUCGCGAACCGGCCGACCCUGCUCCGGUAUGGACCCAGCGCCGUCGGCUUGAGCAUCGUACCUUUCCUCCCGUUGCUCGAUCCACCAUGUGCCUCUUGUUAUGCAAACAGCCUUUAUCACGCCGUGAUGACGGCUCGUUCUGCGGCGGGAGGUCGGGGCCUGCAUGUGUCUAGCCGCUUGUGCAUGCAUCGCACACGUGAUCACGUGUGUGCACAGAGAUACAGCGCGCACACGGGCCCAUACACACGUACAUUCAGGCAUACACUUAAGUACAUAAAUAUAUAUAUAUAUAUAUAUAUAUAUAUAUUACUUGCGUCUGUAUGUCCGUCCGUCCCUGCGUGCGCUCAACGCAUGCAUACUUACAGGCUGCUUGCCAACUACAACCGCGCAGCAGACACGUUUAUAGGGCGUAAAGAGAGAUAG